AUGAACUCGAUCAAACGGCAGAAACAGCGCAAGGUGCUGCUGAUGGGCAAGAGCGGGGCUGGCAAGUCGUCGAUGAGAAGCAUCGUGUUUAGCAACUAUGUCGCCAAAGACGUCCGUAGGCUGGGCGCGACAAUCGACGUCGAGCACAGCAAUAUCAAGUUCAUGGGAAACCUGAUGCUCAAUCUCUGGGACUGUGGAGGUCAAGACGGUUUCGUCGAGAACUAUCUCAACCAAUCUAGGAACCACGUCUUCGGCUCCGUCGCUGUCCUCAUCUUCGUCUUCGACAUCGAAUCACGCGAAUUCGCAGCCGAUGUUGUCUCUUACUCCAACAUCAUACGUGCCCUCCAUGAGUGCAGUCCCGGCGCCAAGGUCUUCUGCCUCAUACACAAGAUGGAUCUUGUGCAAGCCCGCCUUCGCCAAGCCAUGUUCGACGAACGCGCCGAGUACAUCCGCGAGGCUAGUGAAGGCUUCAAAGACACUGUCGAGUUCUUUGCGACCAGUAUCUGGGAUCAGAGCUUAUACAAGGCUUGGACAAAGAUCAUCUACUAUCUGAUCCCCAACGCUGGCACCAUCGAGGCGCUGCUGGAACAGCUGGCAGAGGUCAUCGAUGCGAGAGAACUCAUUCUGUAUGAGCGGACGACAUGUCUCACUGUUGCCCAUGUCACAAGACAGACCGAAGAAUCAAAUCCCUUCACAGAUCGUUUCGAGCGCAUUUCAAGCAUCCUCAAGACACACAAGCAGAGCAUGGCAAAACACACAAAUAUCCCCGCCGGUAGCGCAAACUUUGCAGAAAUGCAAAUCAAAACCGGUCGCUUCAUGUUCUUCAUCACACGCCUGACCGAAAACACAAAUCUCGCAGUCGCCAUCCCACCUUCCGAACAAGUAUUCAACGCUGCCCGUGUGAACAUCUUCCAGGUGCGACCCAAGUUUGCCGAACUCGAUAUCGCAGCGAAACCAAGACCUCCUAUCCAGCAGGCCUUCGCCGGGAGUGCUGACACAAGCGAUAGUACAGAUAAAGGGAAGCAGAAGGAGGUUAAAAAACUGAAAGACAGCUUUACACCAAGCUUGGAAGAUGCAGACGAGAGACACGAUGAGGAAACAUUGGAUCAGAUCAUCAAGGCGAAGACAUUCUUACAGACUUAUCACAGUCCUGGUCCGUUGGGGAACAUGGGAAUGGAUUCAGCACUUGCAAAAGAAAGGACCGAGCCAGGUACUCCGCAGUCGGACGAGCAAUCUGUAACAGCAGGGGUUGGGCUCAGUAACUCAUCAUUGGAGAUGCAGCCUGCAAGUUCGUCUCUCGGCCCCGCUCCUCAGCAGGCGCACGAUAGUGAUUCAGCAACGUUUCCUACAGAGACGUGA